CUGGCCACCCCACAGGCCUUUGCGCGAAACCCUUCCCUGGUGUGGGAGUUCUACCACUAUCGGCGGGAGGUCAUGCUGAGCAAGGAGCCAAACCCGGGGCACCUGGCCAUCGCUGAAUGUGAGGCCCGGCUGCGCGGGCAGGGGCGACGAGUCAUGGUCAUCACACAAAACAUCGAUGAGCUGCACCGCAGGGCUGGUACCAAGAACCUUCUGGAAAUCCAUGGUAGCUUAUUUAAAACUCGCUGUACCUCUUGUGACAUUGUGGCUGAGAAUUACAAGAGUCCAAUUUGUCCGGCUUUAUCGGGGAAAGGUGCUCCAGACCCUGAAGCUCAAGAUGCCAGAAUCCCAGUGGAGAAACUUCCCCGGUGCGAAGAGGCAGGGUGCGGGGGCCUGCUGCGACCUCACGUGGUGUGGUUUGGAGAAAACCUGGAUCCUGCCAUUCUGGAGGAGGUUGACAGAGAGCUGACCCUCUGUGACUUAUGUCUAGUGGUGGGAACUUCCUCCGUGGUUUACCCUGCCGCCAUGUUCGCGCCCCAGGUGUCUGCGCGGGGAGUGCCAGUGGCCGAAUUCAACAUGGAAACCACCCCUGCCACCAACAGAUUCAGGUUUCAUUUCCAGGGGCCAUGUGGUACCACUCUUCCUGAAGCCCUUGCUCCUCAUGAAACUGAAAAUGUUUCUUAGUCGCCCUGGGGAAAGAAGAAAUUGUAGUAUGUCUAAGUACCAGGCCACAAACAGAGGAGAACCAGUCAUGGGGACGGUGAGCUAAAUACUGGAAAAUCUAAAAAUACCCUCCGAUUCCCUGGCUGGAAUCCCACCUGAUAAAUGAUGGGGGCCUAGAAACAACAAUAUUCUUAGAAGAAGUCAGAGAACAGUUAAGUUAAUGCAUCUUAUUUUGUGUGGACUUAAACAUAAGAUAUCUUUUAUGUAUUUGGUUGGUUACUGGAAAGGGAAAAUUUUAUAAUUAGAUUAUCUUUUAAAAAAGUAAUUAUCCUGAUUGAAUUGUUGCGAUCUGGACACACAGAGAAGUAGAGGGGUAAAACCUUGGUAUUUCUGAUUUUUGCCAAGUUUUGAUGGAAAACAAAAUCACUCUCUACAGUAGGUCAUUUAUUGUAUAAAGAUCUUACCCCAAGAGAUGUCUUUGUUGGGGGCUUUUCCUGUUCAGUGUUUACCGUGUUUGGCUGCCUUACCUCGCAGUGUGUGGGAUAGCUUACGACAAGAACUCAUGCAAGGAAGGAAGAGAAAAGUAGCAUCAAGAUAGAAAAUCAGGAUGAGUAAAAUAAAUGAUGCAAAUAUAUGGACUCCAAGGAUAAACACAGCUGCCUAAAAUUGAGCACUGGCCUCCUUAGCAGCCAAAGAGGACAGGGAGAUGUGAUGGCUGACUAUUUAUCGAUAUCACAAACACAGAAGCAUUACGGUCCCUGCGGGGGCCCCACCAAGCUUUCCCAGACACUGAAUUCUGAAGUCUGUGGUUUUUUUUUUUUUUCCCCACGAACUUUAAAAAAUUACCCUCAUAUUACCUUGGAAUCAAGUAGUAAGAAUAGAGCUCUCUGCUCAAGCCUCACUACUGAAUGCAGCCCCCAGGGCCCUAGGAAUGGCUGCUGUGUGGUCUGACUGGGAGGAGUGGCCUUUAGUAAAGAGCGUAGGGAGGUCAUAUAUGUGCAGGUCCCUUGGAUCAGAUCAGCUCCCUGGGUGAUUACACCUCUGGGCCACAUUACCUCAGCCCCUUACAAAAUUACAUUUAAUGCUACACCCUGGGCUUUUGUAGAAGCAGGCAAGACGCAGUCACAUAAAACUUGGUCAUAACUUUUAAUAAAUCCCAAAGGUUCUUUGCAGGAGCAAGAGGGAUGUUCAUAACUUAAAAGGAGUAGGGCUCCUGAGGGCUCGAUUCACACUUUGCGGGAGUGGGUCAAGGCAUGUACACAGAGGGGGCCUCUUAUAAUGCAAUUUUUCUACCUGAAAUACCAUCAUUCACUGUUAAUAGGUUUGUUGGGCUUCUCAAAGUUAAAUCCAUACAUUUUCCUAGUGUUAGCAAUGAUGAAAGUCAGCACACUGAGCGAGUCUGAUUGUAUUUUUAAUCUGUAAUUUCCAUCUGACCAAGGCCCCGAUAUUUCAUAACUGUUCUUUGUAACUCCUCUCAUCCUGGGCCUUUGGUACCAGCAGCUUUUUUUUUUGGUUGGUUUUCGUGUUUUGCCAUUUUUGUUCGUGUUUUGGUUUCGUUAGAGAAGAUGAAAAAUUUGAAAAUGCAAACUAUAUGUGAUAUUUAAUUCAAUUUAGUAUUUACUGAAUGUCUACCCUAUGAUAGACAUUAGAAAUAAAAUGAUCAGUAAGAUAUGGACCUUACCCUCAAGGAGGUCACGGAA